UCUGGGCAAGGGGUGGGGGUUGUUUUCAGGGUUUAGGGAAGGGGGAGCGGUAAUCGAGGGCUAUGGAUGGUAAUAAGGAGAUUUUUAGGGUUGGGGGAAGGCGGAGGGGCGGUAAUCAGGGGUCAGGGAAGGGGAGGAGAUGUGUUUAGUUGUGGGGGAAAGGUAGAGGGUGGGUUUUCAGUGGUGGGGCUGGGGAAGGGGUGGAAUUUCUGGUGGUGUGGAUGGGCUAAAGGGGCUGCUAGAGGUGGAAAGGUGGUAAUUUAGGGUUUAUUUAAUUAACUAGGAUUUAAAAGCCACUAAUUAUAAUUUGGCUGGAAAAUGAUGUGAUUAAUAAGCUUAAGUGACCAGUAAAGGAAAAAAGGUAGUAAUCGGUACAAUUAAUCAAUUUUAGGGUAGUAAUUAACGACUUUUUUUAGGGGUAGUAAUUGUCAAAGACCCUCUUUUUAAGAUAGUAGUUGACAAAUUUUCCUUGAAUUAAUAGGCUUACAUAAAUCCUUAACGCGUCUAUUAAAUGUAGCAAAAGAUCUUUUGCCAACAUUUACUUCAUUACUUGAGAGUUACGAGUACAUUUUCACCAUAUUCCCAAUUAACUUUUUUUUUUUUUUUUUUUUUUUUUUUUUUUUUUUUGUUUUUUUGUUCCCACUUAUGGAGUACAUUAUUUAUUAUUAAACACAUGGAAAGUUGAGGUUCAACAACAGUUUUUUGACAACCCUCUUAAUUCAAAUCAAAUCUUUUUCAUAACAGUCCUUUUUCCACCCUCAAUCCCAAAAUUUAGUAGCCGUUGUACCCCUCUUCUUAAAAUUAAAAUUGUACACAGUACCAAUACUAUUUAGUCAAUCUAAUUAAUCAGACAACAUACAAACUACAAAAAACCCCUCAAUUUCAUUAGAUUUGGUAACCCCUUUUCUAUAUUUAAUCCACUCCAAACUUCCUUUUUCUUUAAAUAUCUGGGGUUUUCUAAGAAAUUUCCUUUUAUACAUUACUUUUCAUCAAAUUUCUCCCCUUUUCUGGGUUUUCUCUGCAUUAUCUGAAUUCUGAACUGGGUUUUUUCUACAUUUGCUAUUCAUUUCUGGGUUUUUCUUAUUAAUCAAAAACCACCCAUUUUAAAAGUAAGUUUUUAGCCGUUGUGUACAAAUUUUCAGUAUUUUUUUUUUUUUUUUGGAUUUUUAAAAUGUUUAAUAUUGAAGUAACUGGUAAGUUUUUAUUGGAUUCCAUUGAUAUUUGUAACUUAUAAGUUGAAAAAUUUUCCUUCCAAUUCAACACAUUACCUUCACGAUCUCCAUAUUUUUUUGGGGAAAACAAAAGUUGGAAAGAGAAUAAUCCCAGAAUUCUCGCCGACUCAUUGAGUCACCGACCCACUCACUUCCUUUAUAUAUAAACCGUUUUCUUGUCAAAGUCUUUCCUCAUUAAUUCUCAGCAAGCUAUUUUUUUCCCCUGAAUUUUUCAGUAAAACCCACAAAAAAAUUACAUUUUUAUUCAGUUCUCACAUUUUAUAUUGUUUUCUACAGAAUUUCAGAUUUAUUCAACCAAUACCCACAUAAAAUAAAAAAUAAAAUACCCAUUAAUUUUUCAAUUGAAAAAAUGUGGGUUAAUUCUGCAAGUUAUUUGAUGAUUUGGGUAUUAUCAUUACUGUUAUUGAGUGAUAACAGUAAAGUUGAAGGGCUUGGAGUUAAUUGGGGAACACAAGCCAAUCACAAAUUACCUCCAAAUACAGUGGUACAAAUGUUGAAAGAUAAUGGGAUUCAAAAAGUGAAGUUGUUUGAUGCUGAUGAAUCUACUUUGAGUGCUUUUAGUGGUACUAAUAUUGAAGUUAUGGUUGCUAUUCCUAAUGGUGAAUUAAAUGCUAUGCUUGAUUAUAAACGAGCUCAAAAAUGGGUUGAGAAGAAUGUCACUCGCUACCAUUUUAGAGGCGGUGUUAAUAUCAAAUAUGUUGCGGUUGGAAAUGAACCUUUUCUAAAAUCUUACAAUGGCACAUUUGAGAAUGCUACUUUGCCCGCCCUGAAAAAUAUUCAAAAUGCUCUUAAUGAAGCCGGAGUAGGAGACAUUGUAAAGGCAACUGUGCCCCUAAAUGCUGAUGUCUACGAGUCUCCACAGGGAACUCCUGUACCUUCAGCUGGAAGAUUCAGACCUGAUGUAGCUGAUCUCAUGACCCAGAUGGUCCAGUUCAUGAGUCAAAACAAUGCUCCUUUCUCCGUCAAUAUCUACCCUUUCCUCAGUCUCUAUGGUAGCGUUGGUUUCCCAGUUGAUUAUGCAUUCUUUGAUGGGGGAGCUGAACCUAUUCAAGAUAAUGGGAUCCAAUACACUAAUGUUUUUGACGCCAACUUUGAUACAUUGGUUUCGUCCUUAAAAGCAGUAGGGUUUGGGGACAUGCCAAUAAUUGUCGGGGAGGUUGGAUGGCCCACGAAUGGUGAUGUUAAUGCCAAUAUUAACAAUGCUAUCAGAUUCUAUCGAGGCCUACUGCCUAGACUUGCAGCUAACACUGGUACUCCUUUGAGGCCUGGAAAUAUAGAGAUGUACUUGUUUGGGCUCCUUGAUGAAGAUGCAAAGACUAUUGCUCCUGGGAACUUUGAGAGGCAUUGGGGAAUUUUCAGGUAUGAUGGGCAGCCGAAAUUCCCUAUGGAUCUCACAGGCCAAAACAGGGAUGUCUAUCUUGUUGGUGCAAAGGAUGUCAAAUAUCUCGAGAAUCAAUGGUGUGAAUUCAACCCGAAUGCUAAGGAUAUGAGUAAACUGCAAGAGAACAUGAAUUAUGCUUGCACUUUUGCGGAUUGUACACCUCUGGGGUAUGGAUCCUCUUGCCAGAACAUGGACACCAAUGGGAAUAUUUCGUAUGCGUUUAAUGUGUACUUUCAGACCCAGAAUCAGAAUCUUGAGGCCUGCAACUUCCAAGGCCUGGCUAGGUUAACUAUGAAGAAUAUCUCGACAGAUACUUGCAAUUUCACCAUUCAGAUAGCCUCCUCUGCUCUGAGGAUUGCUGUACCUGCGGCUUUCUCUUUGAUCAUCACCGCGCUGAUGUAUCUAUUCCUUUGAGUUCGAUCUUGUGGAUAUAAUGAUUCUGCCAUUCUUUUGCUUUCAUAUGCUUGGUCUGUCUGUUUCUGUAUUCUGAGAUUUUGAUACUAGAAUAGAACUUCAUAGAUUAUUUUUUGAUGAUUUAUAUAGAACGUCAGCUGCAGAUAGUUUUUACCAUGAUAGUGUAAUCUGAGUUGACAAUGUGACAGUUGAUUACUCAAUUUCACAUGCUUCAGUACAAUAGUAUAUUUUUUAUACCCGUUUGUUGGGUUGAUGAUCAAUUUCAGUUCCAUAUUCAAAGAAUUAUGAUCGUUACUAGUUGAUCCUAUAAAUUUGUUUCUGAAUAAAAAAUA